GAGGGAGAGGGAAGGGAAAGGGGGAGGAACAACCGCAGUCCGCCAUUUUUAAACCCCCAGAAUGGUCGUUAGGUAGUGUUAACUGAAAUACCACGCGUCUGCCCGUGAGCAUUGGUCGCCAUCACUUCCACCUGUCCAUGACUCCAGCAGUUGUGCGCAGGUAGAGUGGCGCUCUCUGAAAGGGUACAACUCGCAUGAUUGACUCGGGACCUCAUGCCUGGUGUGCGGGAGGCGGAGGCGGCGGCCACAUCGAAGUGCUCCGAGCCAGUCUCGACGCGGCGCUGGGUCGGUGGUGUUGCGUUUCUCGGCUUCCGCGACACUACACGGACACUGGAAAAUAGCAAGUUUUCUAUUUUUACAUUACGGGUGACUACAGUUCGUUGAGAACUUAAGUGUUACGGUCUCGCUAUAGCAGAGUUAUUUCUUCUUGCAAGCAGGAAUAGAAAAUCAGUGUUACUUGCUGUGAAAUUCCACAUUGAGGCACAAUCAAGUGUCUUCACGUUUACGUGCGCCUGUUGGAGAAUUGUGCUCCCAGAGUAGUGGUGACAACAGGGCUACGCAGCCGUGACUAGAGUAACGUGGUCCUGUCUGUGUUAUUAAAGUAACUAGGACACGAUUGACUGAAGAUGUGAAACAAGUGAAGGACACAGACGUAACGGGAGCGUGAGCAUGAGUGAGGACGUCGCACGGCCUCAGGGCCCGAGGGGGGAAGCAAGGGGUGAGGGCGACCUCAGCAGCCCGCCCCUUGCAGCGCCAUGACCACCUGCUCGGGCUGUCAUGACGCCCCCCACCGCUGACCAUGCUUGGCCGCCAGCUUCCCCCGCCCAGCUGGCAUCUGCACUGCUGACCUCUCUCCAACACGUGACAUCAGCUGCCAGAUUAUUUCUGACUGGGUGCUUCCAGUGUCAGUACCUGAAUGCAGGGUGCUGGAGACGUCAGGAGGAGCAGGAUGGAGCCUGGUUUGACUGUGAUAAGCUGCAGGUGGAGCAUCCCUACUGCUACGUUAAUCCCUUGGCUGUGUCCGAGGCGAACUCUGCUGCGGCGCCAUCUCAGCCGCCUCUUCCCCAGCCUGCAGCCCUGGCACCUGAGCCCUACCCAGAGAAUGCAUUCAAGACCUCGCCCCAAAGGUCACCCGGCAGCGCUCUUGCUCCCCGUGGUCUCGGUACGCAACCCGCGGAUACUCUUCCAAAACGCUUCAAAAAGCUUAACAUCAAUGGCAGCCUCGUCUCCGAAACUGAGAGGGCGAAAGGGGCUGAUGAGAGCACAGAGGAAAACGCCCCACUUAGAGACAGAGUUGCCCUGAAGGACGGAGUGGCCAGGUACAUCAGGGGACAGGGAGCCACCACUCCGCUGGUGGAGUCCUUCGCUGCCAAGCUCGAGGCCGACUUGAGGAGAAUAGAGUAUGACCGCCAGAGGGCCGAGGGUGAGGUGUUGGAAGCGGCUUCGGCAGCAGACGUUGACGACUCACUGCAAGAGCAAAGCAGUCCCGACGGCUGCUUGGACGCAGUGUUCCUCACAGGGACGUCUUCCACCUUUCCCUGCGAAGACAUCGAGGAAUCCACAGGUCUGCAGACGGAUGUAUGGAAGUCUUCCGAGUUGGAGGAUGUGUUCGAGUGCUACAACAUAGCAGCCUUCUACUCCUACGGCGCCAACUUUCCGGCUACAGAGAAGUUUGCAUCAAAAGUUCGUGGAGAAAAGUUCGAGGAAGUGUUUCCUGUUUCCCACCACCACAACAACAACAAUAACAUCAAGGUCUACAAACCGGAGAGUAGCAGUGAAAGUCCCUUGCCACUACUAGUACUCGAUAGGGACGAGGAAGUCAUAGAAGAAGUGUGUGCAACUUUUGAAAAUAAAGAAGACCAACCAGCUUCACAGCAUGAACUAAAACAAUUUAUACAUGCGUGCGUCCUCGCGGAAAGUAUUACAGAGGUGGAUAAAAAGUAUUCUUUUAUGAAGUAUAAUAACAAGAGAAACUUUAAGGAUGUCAUAAACUUUAGUGGAAAAAGCUUUAAUAAGUUAUUAAUCUUCAAUCUAGUCAAAUCUGUUAUGUCCGAGUGUGCUGCCCAGUACCCGCGUUCGCUGUCUAUGUGCGCCACUUACCCAGUACAUCUAGUACAAAGAAAAGUAAUAAAAGUGAUGCUCAAGGAGGACAGGAUCGAGGACAACCUGUGUGGCCUUCAAAUGUUCCACAGCCCUGCCCUCCACAUGCAGCUGGAGAAGAAGUUUCAGCGUAAGCUUGUGGAGGGCGUGGCGGCAAGCGAGAUUAAGGCGGAGGACAGGCAGUGGCAGAAUUUCAGCAAUGAGGAGCAGGAAAUGAAGGAAACUAUUUCCAACGAAGUGCUCCAUGAUCUCAUUAGUGAUACUGCCGAUGUGUUCAAGGAAUUAGUGGCAAAGAAAUUAGCGCUGAGUCAGAAGUCGGAAGGAGAUAAGAAACUACUGACAGGCUCCUGAAUAAGGUUUUCUGCUGCCUCAGGAUAUGAUGUAGGUCCCAACAGUAAAGGUGUCGUGCGAAGUCAGUUAACCCACCAAAAUGUGUCUCCGGAACUCAAGCACCCAAUAUUUAUGUACCCUUUCUCCCACAUUACUUUGUGUAAAUGUAUGUGUAACCGUUCUUCUCCCUAUCUGGCAACAAUUACAGUUUUUGGAGUGAUGAAAGAAGAAAAAAAAGAAAAUCAGAACACACGUAUCUCGUUGAUGUUCUUCCUUUCAUCCAAUUACUUUAAUUGCUCCAUACCUAUCCUAACAUAUUCUAUAGACACAUUCCACAGAGCAUAGUAAUUGAGUGAGAAAUAAGUCAAUAGGAGAUAUGUGUGUUAUUAUUAUUUGUGUUAUCAUUAUUAUUACUCUGAAAACUGUAGUCGUGUUUAGAAAAAAGAGACAAGAAUGGUUAGAUUUAUACAUACGGUAGUAAUGUCUGAGAAAAAGGCACGUAAAUAUGAAGUACAAGGAAUAAUGUCACUCAGCGAGUUAACAUCCAUAUCAAGAUUUGUAGACAUUCAUAAAUGUUAUGUAUUACAGAAAUGAAGAUAUUGUAUAGGAAUCUCUCUCUCUCUCUCUCUCUCUCUCUCUCUCUCUCUCUCUCUCUCUCUCUCUCUCUCUCUCUCUCUCUCUCUCUCUCUCUCUCUCUCUCUCUCUCUCUCCUUAUAUUGAAAUAUUGAGUUAGAGUGCAAGAGCCCAUUGAUGUAGUCGACCAUAUUAUCUGAGGCUCCAAAAAACUCAAACCACACUCAAUAAAUGUACACGAUGAA